AUGCCUACAUCUCUUUCCCUCAUCUUAUGUGCCGAGGAUGGUGUGGCGCUGGAGGAUACGCUCGGCCUUUCGCCGAAGACAAUGCCCGAGUCCGAGGUCAUCGCUCCUUUCCCGUCAACAUCCGUGACGCUCGGGCCACGUGCUUCUUCAGGUGUAAUGUCAACCCUGGAAGAGCUGGAUUCUACUGCUAUUGGAAGGGUCGCGCCGCAAUCGAUGUCAUCGGCAGAAGUACCUGAAGCGCAAGUAGGGCAAGACGUGGAGAUGGUAGACGCACUCCCCACAUUGAUACCUUUUCGUCGCCCCAUUCGACGCACUGGGGACAUUCUCGACCCACUUGUGUCGUGGUCAAAUGGGAAAGUCCCUCCUGUGCCAUCGGGGACGUUUGAGGAGGCUAUGCUUGAGGCUCAUCCUCCCGAAUCCAAUCUUCUGCAAUCCUCUUGGCCAGUGGUGCCUCGGCUCGAUGGAGCCAUCGGCACCGGUUGGAUCAGGUUACAGCAGCCAGCUGUGUGCUGUUAUCGUGCUCAACAACGUCGCACUCUACCCGCUAAGCUAGACGUGAACGAUUUCCUCCGGCGGGCACUGAAGAGAGGAAUACCCUUUGAUUUCGCACGCGAGGGUAUGUCCGCGGCUGAGGCCGCCGCGCCAGCGAGUGCGACUGUAUUACCGGCCGUUCUUACGUUCGAAGAUGUCAUAGCCCAAAUAUCCGAAUUGCCUAUUCAUGUUCAAGCCCAAUUCGUUCGCGACGGCGGCAUUGCUUGGCGACUCAUCCUCGAAUACGGCUCCGCUGAGGCCUUUGCAGUGGCGCUUGCAGGACCUUCCGAACACGCGGUGACACCAUUCUUCACCGAAGAGGCUUGGCCUUCCAAUGUGGUCGUUGAACGCCCUGCCGCCUGGCACUAUGCGUUGCUCACAGGACGUACUCGCGACGGGUCAGCCUGGUGGCCACAUCCUGACAUCUUCAACGCGUUUGCGCCCGUCGAAUGGACGGCAGGACUAGAGCGUUGGUUUCAUCGGCGCAAACAACCUAACGUACACAAUCGAAAUGCGAAACGCGCACCAAUGCGAGAUCAGGCGUGGUAUAUGCAUAUACAGGACCAUACCUCGUCUUCGUGGCGCCAGAGACACCGGUUCAUGGACGCACGACGAGCACCGGCAUUGUUGACCCUGGGCGGGUAUGCAGACGAGCCCCUGACGCUUCGCGUAGGUGCCCCGGCUCUGUCCACGUAUGCUGCGGAUGGGACGCACGCUGAAGAAGAUGGUCCGUCACAGGCUACGGAGGAUGUCAUGCUCUAG